UGUUCUUCACUUUGUAAAAUAGUUUUCUGGGAUUCUUCAUUUCAGUGGUUUGGAUCGGAGGAGGAUGCUGAGCGCACUCACAGGGACGUCUGUGUGAGUGUGAGCAGGGGAGGAUCCUAUUUCUCUUAAAGCCGGGUCAGCAACACAAAGAUCAGCAGAGCUGAGAGUGAGAGGCACUGAGGAGGGAACGCACACACUUUUAAACAGGCACACAGACUCACACUAAGACAAGCGGCCUUUUGUACUCAGUUGUUGAUCCGUCUGACACGCAGACUCUUCGCUGGACUCUGGACCACUUGAGAAUAUUCCCCAGGACUCUAUUUCUCCUCAUGCACCUGCGGGGACUCUCAGCGCUCCAGGGGCUCAGCACCCAGAGAGGGACCAUGACCCCGUGGACCACCCAGGAUGGAGCUUCAUGCAGCUCCAGAGAGAGGACAGGUUCCAGCGGCCGCUGCAGCCCACUGAGGAGAGCUCCUCUCUGGGUAUGGCUGCUGCUGGGGGCUUUGGUGGUUCCUGGAGCCUGGAGCUUUCUGAACGAGGAGCAGGAGGAGCUGCUGGUGGAGCUUCACAACUACUUCAGAGGACAGGUUUCACCCAGCGCCUCGGCCAUGAUGCCUCUGGUAAGACCCUACAAGUCAUCCCAAAUAAGCAUAAACAAAGGAGGGGAAGGUAAUCCAGCACGUUUAUCCAAUAAAUGUGUGAUAUUGUAUCUGAUAUCACCGUUUCCUCCUCGAGUGCAGACACAGAAUAUAAAAACAGACACAUCUAUAAAUAUUUAUGUCAAACGCCUGGACUACGACUUCCAGAAAAACAGCUGUGACGAAGAUAAGAUGUGUGGACACUACACACAGAUGGUGUGGGCAGACACACACAGAGUGGGCUGUGCCUUCCAUCUCUGUGACACUAUGGAGGGACUGGACUGGGACAGAGUCUCCUUCCUCGUCUGUAACUACUACCCAGCAGGGAACUAUGAAGGCGUGCGGCCGUACGUUGAAGGCGAUUGGUGCUCCAGAUGCCCCGAAAACCUCCAGAAAUGUGAAAACAAUCUCUGUGUUCCCGACACAGUAGAAGACGAGGAUGAAGAUGAUGAUGAUGUGACAACUGAUCCCAUGCUCACAACAGGAGAAUCCAGUCCUGAUGCAACAACUGAUCCCCUCCAACCUGCAGAUGAUGAUGUUCUUCCUACAACACCUGACUUUCCAGUGGAGUCUACCACCGCUGAUGGCAUUCCCAGUGUUCCCAGUGUUCCCACCGUGCACUCUGCAUCGAGCACUGAAGAUACACCGCCUCCACACACCACGGCUGAGGCCACCAAGCCUCCAUCUGCCCCCCCAACAACGCUCGCUACACUGAUAAUCAAGCUCAGUCCUGAUGCAAGGGAGGAGGAGAAGGAGCAGGAGAAAGAGGAAGAGGAGAAACUAAAUGUAACGCCACAUAAGGAGGAGAAAGGUGUGAAGAGAGUCGUUGGAAGUAUAAUAAAUAAGGACAGUAGCGCUGCACAGAACAGUGCUGGGCUGUGUUCAGGCUCCUCAGAUGUUAAGCGUCAGUACCAUUUUGUUUAUGACUGGAGGAACUGGACUGAUGCUCUGAGUCACUGCAGAGAGAGAUACACAGACCUGGCCACCGUAGAAAACAUGGAGGAUGUGAGGAUCCUGCAGAGCAUGGCAGACUCAAGACUGAAUGUGACAUUUGUCUUCAUCAACACUUUCAUGACAUGGACGGAGGCUCAGAGCUACUGCAGAGCUCAUCACACAGACCUGGCCAGUGUGAGAAACAUGUCUGAGAACCAGAGACUCAAACAGACGCUGAAGGAGCAGGGAGUCGCUGGAGAUCUCGCACUGAGCUGGAGGAAGCAGCCAGAUGGAGAAGUCUUCCACAAGGAUGAAGAAGGAAACAAGGAAAGGAAACCAUCUGUAUAA